AUGGGCCGUUUGUGUAUGGCAGUCGCAUUUCAUCAGUUGAUGCGACUUGUCCCAAACAAGCUGCUUGCACUGUCGAGAAAAUGGAACGAAGAAGUGGAAGAGUUGGAGGACUUAGCUGCUCACAGCUGGCGAUGCCAUCGCGAAGAAAAAGUCAGCAAUGAUUGUGGUGCUGUAAAUGGCUUGGCACCAUCGGAGAAUCUCGGUCUCAUUGCGACUUUCAAGGAGAAUGAGGAAGAAAAUUUGGCACAAACAUUUGCUUCUUCAGAAAGACUUUGCAUUGUAUAUGCGCUCUUCAAUUUCAUCGUUCACUGUUGA